GACAUUCACUUGUUCAUCUUCUCUCUCUUCCUCUCUUCCCGUCUGUCACCGCACGAACAGUACAGUCGCUUUCUCUCUCCGACCCUGCGAGACCGAGCGAUCCAAUUCCUCCGCACCACCAUGUUCCGCCGAGCAACUACCCUCCUCCGCCGCCCACUGAUGGGCGCUACAUCCCGCCGAUUCUCGACGGAUCUGCCGGCGGCGGCCGUAGAAGAUUCGAGCUUCGUGGAGGCAUGGAAGAAAGUCAGCCCAAACGUGGAUCCACCAAAGACUCCAUUGGCUUACAUGAAGCCUCGCCCAGCCACUCCUUCUUCCCUUCCUUCCAAGCUCACUGUCAACUUCGUCCUCCCUUACGCUUCCGAACUCUCCGCUAAAGAGGUUGACAUGGUAAUAGUACCUGCAACAACUGGGCAAAUGGGUGUUCUCCCUGGACACGUUGCAACGAUUGCAGAGUUGAAACCUGGUGUCCUAUCCGUUCAUGAAGGCAAUGAUGUGACCAAGUACUUUGUCAGCAGUGGCUUUGCCUUCAUCCAUGCAAAUUCGGUUGCUGAUAUAAUAGCUGUUGAAGCUGUACCAGUAGAUCGAAUUGAUGCAAACUUAGUCCAGAAGGGACUUCAAGAGUUCACUCAGAAGCUGAACUCUGCGACAACUGAUUUGGAGAAAGCUGAAGCUCAGAUUGGAGUUGAUGUGCAUAGCGCUCUCAACUCAGCUCUUACAGGCUAAGUAUUGUAGUUGAUGUUACCUUUUAUGAGUUUAUUUGCACCCUCUAGCAUGGCCUCGUGUCAUCGAUUUGUGUCUUUGUAUUCAAAGUGACUGCAGAUCAUUUUGACCUUGUAUUUCUCGGAAGAAAGUGAUUUGAUAAAAUAAUUUUUCCAAAAGCUACCAUCUAGCUAAGGAUUGAGCAAGACCCUUGAAACUUGAAAGAAAGCUUAAUAAUUGUUGUUGAUAUAAGGGCAACAUGAGCCGGUUCCACAGACCA